AUGGUGGGACUGCCCGCUAGAGGGAAAUCUUACAUCACUAAAAAAGUUUCAAAUUAUCUAAAUUGGUUAAAUAUCCAAAAUAAAAUAUUUAACGUUGGUAAUAAACGUCGAUUAAAUUUAAUUGAUUCAAAUGUUGGAAAUACUUCAAAUAUCAAACAAAAUUCUGAUUUUUUCAAUCCAAUGGAGCAAAGUAAUGUUGCCCUAAGAAAUCAAUUAGCCUUGGCUACUUUAAAUGAUUUAUUAAAUUGGAUUACUCAAGAUGAUGAUCAUAAUGUUGCAAUUUUUGAUGCGACAAAUUCAACAAAAUCAAGAAGAGAAUUAAUCAUUCAAAAUAUUGAUUCAUAUAUGUCAAAUCAAGAUUAUACAACGGAGGAUUAUAGUAUUUGCUUUUUGGAAAGUAUUUGUAAUGAUUUAGAUAUUAUUGAAUCAAAUAUAAAAUUAAAAUUAAAUGGUCCUGAUUAUAAAAAUAUUGAUCAAACUGAUGCUUUAUUAGAUUUUAAAAAAAGAGUUUUAAAUUAUGAAUCUAUUUAUGAAUCUGUUUCAUCUCAAGAAUUAAUUUCAAAUCAUUUACAAUAUUUAAAAAUUAUAAAUAUUCAUAAUUUACAAAAAUUUAAUAUCAAUGGGAUUUAUUCAAUAUUAUUAACAAAUUUCUUACAACAUUAUAAUGUUACCAAAAAAUCUAUAUGGUUAUCAAUAAAUAAUUUAAAUUUUAAUCAAAUUUCAUCAGAUUUAAUGAUUAAUAAUUCAAAUUUAACAAUCAUGUCAAAUGAUGAUCAAUCAAGUGAUUGUACAUCAAUUAUUCAUAAAAAAAUUCCAAAAUUACAUACAUUAGAUCAAAUCCAUGAUUUAAUAUUAGAUAUAGAAUCCCUUUCAAAUGAUUUAUUAAUUCAAACCCAAGAUCAAUUCCUUAUAAAUGGUUUAUUCAAAUAUUUUAAAAUUUUACAAUAUUCAAAAGAUCAUUCAUAUUCAUCAUUUGAUUUAAAUAAUGAAAUUAUUUGUAUAAAUCCAAAUCCUUAUCAAGUUGAUUUAACCAAGAUUGAAAUUCAACAUCAAGUUCAAUUACCAUCAUUAGAAUUAUCAAGAUCAAAUAAUUCAAGUAUAUCAAGUUUAAAUUCUAAUUUAUUAACUCCUUUACAAAAUUUUGAUGAAUUUGGGUUGGGGUUUAAAGAAUUUGAUAUGAAGAAUUUAAAUAAUGAAUUGGAAGAAAGGUUGAGGACUAUAAUAUAA